GGAGGAUUAUAAGAGGUUUAGAGAAAGAAGACAAAAACGAAGGUCUUCUUGUUUAGUUGCUGGGAAGAGCGACUAAUAAGAUAUUCAAGAUUUUCAGACAAUAUCAGGAGGUUGCACACAAACAAAAAGACGUCCCUGAAAUGGGCGAAUAUCAAUUACACCAAUCUCGUAAUUUGAGUGUCAAUCAGACCCUUGAUGAGAUUCUGGGAAUCAGUAGAAAAUCAGAAACAACCACAACAUCAAGUGGCUCAAGUGGAGCUGAAAAGAAUGCAUUGAACUCUCCGAUCCGGCCACCAACAAGACAUGGUAGAGAAUCAUCGGGAAGCAAUGAAGAAAAUAAAGAUCCGAUUCAACUGGAGAAUGGAAAUGGAUCAACAUUGAGCUUUCUAACAUCUUCUUCAUCUGCUACGUCAUCAACUGCUGCUAGACGAAAUUCAGAUGAUGAUUUUAUAAAGAAAUUAAAUGAUAUCAGGCGUCGCUCAUUGAUUUCUACAAUGGAUGCAACAUCUACACCAACUACAUCUGUUCCAAUUCAUUUUGAUUCUCCGAGACGAGAGUCUCGUCCUUGUCUCGAAAUUCACGUAGAAGAAUCGCCAGAAGAACUUUCAACGCAUGCUGUAGAGAUCACCGAGUUUCAUAGAGACUUGUCGGAAAAUUCAUUGGGUACAAGUACAGAUCAUGAAGAUCCGAGUCUAACCUUCAGAGUGGAUAAAGAAUUGGAACAAUCUGAAUCUAAGAAGACAACUAAAAGGCCUGCAAGUGGAGUUAAGAAAACACUGAAAGCUUCGAUUUCUAUUGAUGCUCCGAAACCAAAACCUCGACCUCGCCCUCAGACCUCAGCAAAUUUGUCUACAAAAACAAUCAAAGACAAAGAUCAAGAGAUGAUGCAAAUGUCUAUGUUCGGGUCCAAGUUAAAUAAACCUUCUGAUGCUCAUCACAAGGAAUGGCUUCAGAAGAAGGAAAGAGAAAUUCGGGAGAAAAAGGCAAAAGAGAAAGCUGCAGCAGAGCAGAAAGCUGCAACGGAGAAAGAACGUCGUGAAAACUCUGCAAAGUUGUAUCAAAGAUGGGUUCAGGAUCAUGAUAAAAAAGCGAAGGAAUUAAAAUCGAAGAAAACUCAACAAGAAAGGAAAAAAUCUGAAAAUGAGAAAACAACGCAAGAUCAGAAACUGAAAGAAGCUGAAAAGAAUUAUGAAAUGUGGAAGCGGGAACGUUCGAAAUCUGUAACAGAUAUCAGAAAGAAACUGGAGCAAGAAGAAGACAAGAAAAGAAAGAAAGAGGAAGAAGCUAAAAAUGAAAAGAUCAAAGAAGCACAGGCAGCUUUUCUAGCAUGGAAACGGAAAAAGGAAGAACUAUUGAAUGAAGAAGCUGAAAAGUUGAAAAAGGAACAAGUUCAAAAACAAUUGGAAGAAUCUGAAAAAAUGACAAGAUUGUCGUUGGCUAAUGAAGCAUACGAAACAUGGAUUGAAUUGAAAGAAUCGGAACGAGAGUUUAUUGCCGAUUUUGUGCUUAUUGAAGCUCCGCCGAUUCCAUGGCUUCCACCGAGUAAUUUGAUUCCAAGGCAAUUCGUGAGAUCGUCGAAUGGAAAUCGUCUUCGCGCACGGUCUCAAUCUGCUAAAUCCAUUGCAAAACGAUCGAGAAGUCGUCCUGGCACUACAACUUCUUUGCGCCCAUUUCGUUAAACUGUGAUAACGAAUUCUAUGAAAUCAAUAAACUUAUGUUCUUUCAA